UUUGAUUUUAUUUACAAAGCUCUGAAGGAUCGAAUAAAAUUUUGUUUUUAGACGAUUUGAAGUUCAACAAGAUGUACAAGUGCCAAAGAACUGCAGUAGUUUGAAGAAACUUAUCGAUGCUAAGGCGGCUCACGAAUAUCAUCACAAGCUGUUCCCAUUGGGUCAUACUAUUGAAGGGUUGUGGGAAUGGUUUAGACGAUCUAAGUCCAACUCAGAACCCUAUGUAUGGGAGAUUCCUUAUAAGAAUCCCUCAUGGGAACCGCAAUUUAUCAUGCAUGCAACAGAUCCGAUGAAUGAGGAGGGAAUGCCCACUAGGAUUAGAGAUCAGCAAGCUUUGGCCUACGAACUCUGUCGAGCUAAUUAUACAUUCCUUCUGGCUUCACAAUUGUUUAAUGUUCAUCGUGGUAUCAAAACAGCCGGAACUAGUAUGGAUUCAGCCGUGGUACAACAUCAAGCACGACUGAGGUAUAGGUGGGUACAAAAGUUUUGA